AUGGAGGAUGGAGGGGAGGAGUUGAUUGCUCAGCUCGAGGGAAGACUAGAAGCGUGCGGAAAGAGGGAUUACGAAGCCUUCCACCAGCUUCUUCGAAUCUACAAGAAGAAAUCCAUGAGGAAACAACUAGAAAAGACGCGAGAACAGUUUUCUAUCUCGUUUCCUCUGGCCGAGGAAGAAGACCAAGAGAAGAUUAUAUCCUUGUUCGAGCGAGCAUUAUCGGAUUAUCCAACUACCAAAGUAUGGGCAGAGUAUGUGAAGUAUAUUCAAAAGCUGUACUUCGACCUUGAGGGCGCGAAGCAGAGGGAAUAUCUGAACCGCGUGAGGGAAACCAUGCAAAGAUCCCUGACGAUAAUGGGCAAUGACCUGUUGGAGGGCUCGAAGCUGUGGGAACUGCAGAGAAACUUCGAAAUUAAAGUUCUCGAAAACAUGCAGGGGUCCUCCACAGAAAAACAGACACAGAUUGCUUUGAUCCGUCAGUGCUUUGACAGAGAGAUCAAAGCUCAAGUGAAGGGACUCGCUGAAACGUGGAUCUCGUAUGAAUCAUGGGAAACUGACAAGAGCAUUGUUGAAAAGAAGAAGGCUGAAGUAGAAGAAGCCAUGAUGAAGGCAAGUGAACGCGAACUGAAAGAUGCCGAAGCUCGUCGACAGAAGGACUCGUCGCUCAAUGUGCUCGAGAUCUGGCAGGAAUGUAUUGAAAGCGAAUCCGAAAGCGGAGAUGUCACGAAGAUUAUCUGUGCGUAUGAACGAGCGCUCUCAACCUGCUGUCUGGUCCCUACCCUUUGGAAUUCUUAUGCAGAAUUCGUUCGAUCUCAGCCUAGUGGAGCUGGAGGGAUAAAAGUUGCCGAUGUUUACAGGCGCUCAGUUCGCAACUGUCCAUUCUCAGUGGAGCUUUGGUGUUCGCUUUUGAUAUGCUCGGAGGAGGAUGGUCUUGACAUGAAGGAGAUGAAAGUCUUGUUUCAAAAAGCAACCAACGAGAUCAAGCACUACUCCCCUCUUCAGCUUGUCGAGAUUUUAUCCGCUGAAUGCGAUUGUGCGAGGCGGUCUUUUACCAAGCUUCCUGAGGAUUCAAGGAAUGGCAGCCAAGAGGGCAACGAGCUGCGUUCAACGCUGAAAGAUUCAGUCAAGCUUCUUGAAGAGGUGAAAGAUGAAAGUGGAGCGCGACAUUUGCGGGGGUACUGGGCAGAGAUAGAAGCUUUCCUGUUCUCCGACCUGGACGAAGCCAUCAAGUUGUGGGAUUCUGUUCUCAAGGGCUGCCAAGACUUAUCGCUUUGGUGCUCCGUUGUCGAUGCCCUGCGCUCCUGCAGAAGGGUCGGUCAAGCGAGAUCGUUCUUCAAGCGAGGUUUGAACACGCUUCAGUCUGCUCCAGAGCUGGCGUCGUUGUGCUACAGGUGGUUGGAAUUCGAGAGGAGAGAAGGAGAUUUGGAAACCUACGGUCAAGCGCGGGCGAAAUAUGCAACGUUCGCUGUCACAAAUCCUCAAGUAGCUGUCGAUGAUAAGGUGGGAAGAGUAGCCAAGAAAUCUCGUGAGAAGAAAAGCGAUGACCCCGAAAGAGCCAAACGGCGAGAAGAGGUUAUGAAGAAAUGGGCUGAACGGAAGGAAAAUUCUUCGAAGGUGGAAAAGAAAGCACCAGCCUCGAAGAAGCGAAAGCAGGCUGAAGAUUCCAAGGAUCAGGAAAGCGAAGAAAAGGCGAAACGACAAAAAGUUGAUGGAGGAGGCCAACAACCAGAGCAGGCCUCCAGUGGAGAGAGCAAUCUCAACACAGUCUUCAUGCAGAACUUGCCUCAUGGGAUUCGCCUACGUAGACUUCAAGACCGAGCAGGCGGCCAAGAUUGCCCUGGUCGGCCUUUGAGAUCAAGAGGAGAGGAGGAGAAGGAUGGAACAGAGAUGAAAGGAAGGAGGGUUGAGGUCUCAAAGGCGAGAGAGCUUCAUUCCUUGAACGAGCAGCGAGACGUGGACCAGAGGGUUCUGUACGUCAGCGGGCUCUCCAAGAACGUCUCCAAGGAGUCGAUCAAAGAUCAUUUCUCGACGGUCGCAGAGGUCCUCGAGGUCAGACUGAUGAGAGAUCGCGAUGGCAAUCUACGGGGGUUUUGCUACGUUGAGUUCAAGGAUCGUGCUGGUGCCGAGCUGAGUCUGCAGAUGGAUCAGACUGUGUUCCAGGGUAAGAAGCUUCGGGUGGCCUUCUCUGAUCCCUCCCGCGGCCGUGCUGCCUCGAGCAAGGCUGCCAACUCUGGUUCCGCUGCGCCAUCAGCGCCUCGUUCGUCGCUGAAUCUGGUCCCUCGCGCGGUCAAGAGGCCUCAGGAACCAGCUCGUCCUGCUCGAAGGAUUCAACAGGCUGCGCAUCAACCUGUGCCAAAGCCAACUGAACCCUCACCCUCUGCUCCUGCCGAGAAGGCCGAGGAUGCUGCGAGCGCAGCCCCGAAGAAAGACAACGAUUACUUCCGGCAGAUGUUCUCUAAAGGCGCCAACUUGUGAGAAGAGAGGUCUAGACAUCCUAGAGGAGGAAUAGGUUCCAACUAGUCCGCCAAGUUACUAAAGUGAUGCACUCGAUACGGAGCGGCAGCGGACCGGUUACUGCCGCUCGCCGGAGGCGGAGCUGACCC